GGCCUCCACGGUCGAAUGCGAAUUCGCGUGAGAUCAUCGAGGAACAGUUCAGUUUUCCGUCAACAAGGCCUUCUCAACCAGUAGUGUAAAAAGAUGUCUACAGCAGUCAGUGAAGAGAAUAUCAAGGAACACUGUCCRGCWUUCAAGGAAGGCUGUCCAUAUGCAAAACUAACAGAGGAGCUCUUCUUGUCAGAGUUAAAGAAAUGCCCAGCAUUUCAAGAUGGCUGCCCAUUUAAGGAGGCAAAGAGCAUUGAUGAAAUCAAGAAAGAAAUGGCAAAGAUGCCAGAGUCUGAGCACCACGAAGGAUCGUCACACCAGCAGCUCAUCAAAAUGCUUCAAUCWGUCCAUGAACUCUCAAAGAAGAUUGAAAAAGAGAAAGGAGAGUGUCCUGUUUUCAGYCUUCAAUCUGGUGGUUGCCCAUUUAUAAGUGCAAGUAAAGAAGGAAAGYCAAUAGUGGAACCACCAAGUUCUGUACUGUCAACUGCUGACCUUGCAAAGCUGAAAGAACUCUGUCCAGCAUUCAAAGAAGGCUGUCCAUUCGCCAAACUAGAUAACGAAGUACUGAUGAAGGAAAUCAAGAAAUGCCCCGAGUUCAAAGAAGGUUGUGCUUUCAAAGAAGCUCACUCCAUUGAAGAGAUUUACAACAAACUACAGCAAAUGCCCAACACUGGUGAAGACUGUCAUCAUCGCAAUGUGCUGCUUGAAACAAUGAAGAUCAUCCAUGGUGCCCAUCAUGACAAAGCCAGUGAAUGCCCUGUWAUUGAAAAGCUUGGAUGUCCUUUUAAAAAUGUCCAGGCUGAAGGAAAACCGCUCAUUCAGCCAUCUGAGUCAGUUCUUCCAAGCCAAGACCAMAGUGCAGAUUCUCCAGAAGAUCUAAAACAUGUUGACUUGUCUUCUCUACGAGAGACAUGCCCAGCAUUUGACAAGGGUUGCCCAUUUGCUCAAAUCCCUGAACUCCCUAAAGGAAUAAGUGACUGCCCAGAGUUUAAAGAUGGAUGCCCCUUCAAGGAUAUGUCAAAUAUGUCAGAAGUCUAUGAGAAACUGUCAAAAAUCCCAGCUUUUGAUGCAAGUAAUUCCCAUGGAGCCAAGCUUCUCCAGACUCUCAAAGAAGUACAUGCCAUGUCCAAAGAACUGAAAGAAGAGAUGGGUGAAUGUCCUGUKUUCACAAACGAUGGAUGUCCUUUCAAGACACUCUGCAGUGAUGGACGCCCAUUAAUUGAGAAGCUUGAGUUCAGAAGGUGGACUGAAGUCCUACAAGUAUCUGUCGAGUCCAAUCUCAUGAACACUGCUCAAGAGGUUGCUAAUGUUGAACCAAGCAUCAAGUUGUCCAAAGAACUAAAGAAAGGGACAAAAGUUGUGCACAGAGCAGCUGAGAAUGUUCAUUUUAUUAAAGAUUUCAUCAAAGGCAARAUUAAGCCAUUCUGGUAUCGUGUACUUAUUGCRGAUCUGUACUUUGUUUACAAGGCACUAGAGGAAGAAAGCAGGAAGAACAAGGACCAUCCUUACUUCAAAUCMGUCCACUUCCCUCAUGAACUCGAGAGAACUGAAGCCUUAAAACAAGAUCUGGAGUUUUAUUAUGGAGAAGAUUGGGAAGAACAGAUAGAGUAUUCACCUGCAACCAAGAAAUAUGUGGAACGACUGAAGGAGAUUGGCAAAGAUGAUCCCCUUCUCCUGAUCCCACAUCACUAUACAAGAUACCUUGGGGAUCUGUCUGGUGGUCUUAUCUUGAAGAAAAUAGCCACAAAAGCCAUGGAAUUGCCAUCCACAGGUGAAGGUGUGCAGUUUUAUUGCUUUGAUAAUGUUAGUGAGCCAAAGAAGUUCAAAAAUCAUUAUCGGUCUCAACUGGACAGCAUACAAAUCUCUCAAGAGAUGUCGGAUAAGGUUGUAGAAGAAGCCAAUCUUGCAUUUCUACUUAAUAUUGAAAUCUUCAAAGAAAUUGAUGCAAAAGCAGGAUAUGUCGUGGAAGAAGAAGAACCAAAAAGUGAGAAAGCAGAAGAUGUUGCKGAAGAAGUCGCUGAGAAACCUAAAGAUCCGAAUCUUUGUCCUUUUGCAACCAUGGCRAAAASUGCUGGGAAGCAACMGGUUUCAAAUCCUCACACUCAAACACRGCCACAGAAUUCGUCUCUCAUUAGCCCUAUGGUGCUUGCAYUGGUUGUUGCUGCAAUUGCAGUUUUUGUAGCUGUAAUGGUUCUUAGAAAAUAAACUCCAUCGACCAGAACAAUAUAGCUUUAAUUUACAUUUAGAUAUGGAAGACUUACAGUACUUCAAUGCAGUGAAAUACUGUUUAAGAAACUUGUUUAGAUUAAUAUGGACAAAGAGAAAUGAAAAUUAAUUUUGAUAUUAUAAAACUACAAAAUAUAUAAACAUUUUUACAUUAACGUUAUUGAAGAAAAGCAACUUGAAAUGUUAAAGAUUAUAAGGUAAUAAUAAAUGUUGACGAUAGUUGUCACUUU